UUGGUUUUCUCUGCUAUCUGGGAUCGCUCUAUCGGAGGUGAAGGACCGACUGUCCCCUCUCUGCUUGGGCUGUCAAUGGCUUUCGGGACAUAUUUAAUUUGAAUGUCUGGGCGAUAUAAGUGACCAAUAAUGGAUAUUCUAUGGAUAUUAUGGACCAUACCGGCCGUAAUAGCUGUUGAAGAGACACUUAUGGACUCCACUACAGCCACAGCGGAGCUGGGCUGGACGGUCUACCCCGUGUCAGGGUCGAGUGACAACAGCUGGGAGGAGGUGAGCGGAUAUGAUGAAAACAUGAACACCAUCCGGACGUACCAGGUCUGCAAUGUUUUCGACAACAAUCAAAACAACUGGGUACGGACAAAGUACAUCCGGCGCCGGGGCGCUCAGCGGAUCCACGUGGAGAUGAAGUUCUCAGUGAGGGACUGCAGUAGCAUUCCCAACGUGCCGGGCUCCUGUAAAGAGACGUUUAACCUCUAUUACUAUGAAUCCGAUGCCGACACAGCCACCAGAACAUCACCGGCUUGGAUGGAGAACCCCUGGAUCAAAGUCGACACCAUCGCAGCGGACGAGAGCUUCUCCCAGGUGGACCUAGGGGGCAGAGUGAUGAAGAUCAACACCGAGGUUCGAAGCUUUGGCCCAGUGUCACGGAAUGGCUUCUACCUGGCCUUCCAGGACUACGGCGGCUGUAUGUCGCUCAUCGCUGUGCGCGUCUUCUACCGAAAGUGCCCCCGUAUCAUCACUAACGGGGCGUUGUUCCAGGAGACGCUCUCGGGAGCAGAGAGCACCUCCCUGGUGGCUGCGAGAGGUGUUUGCAUCCCCAACGCAGAGGAGGUAGAUGUGCCCAUUAAGUUGUACUGCAAUGGAGACGGUGAAUGGAUGGUACCCAUCGGACGCUGUAUGUGCAAGGCUGGGAACGAGGCUGUGGAGAAUGGGACCGUUUGUCGAGCCUGUCCGUCUGGCUUUUUCAAGCCCACUCAAAAAGACGAGCCUUGUAUGCAGUGUCCCAUCAACAGCCGCACCACCAGUGAAGGCGCCAUAAACUGUGUUUGCCGCAACGGCUACUACCGCACCGACUCCGAUCCUCUCCAGAUGCCGUGCACAACUGUCCCGUCAGCUCCACAGACUGUUAUCUCCAGCGUGAAUGAAACCUCUGUGAUGCUGGAGUGGUUGCCUCCCCGGGAUUCGGGGGGCCGCGAGGACGUAGUCUUCAACAUCAUCUGCAAGAGCUGCGGUGGAGGCCGUGGAGGCUGCACCCGCUGCGGGGACAACGUUCAGUUUUUGCCCCGUCAGCUGGGCCUGACAGAGCCCCGGGUCUACAUCAGUGACCUGUUGGCCCACACACAGUAUACGUUUGAGGUGCAGGCUGUCAACGGGGUGUCAGAUCAGAGCCCCUACUCCCCUCAGUACUCCUCCGUCAACAUUACCACUAACCAGGCUGCUCCAUCUACUGUAUCCAUAAUGCACCAGGUCAGUCGCACCGUGGACAGCAUCACCCUCUCCUGGUCCCAGCCUGACCAGCCUAAUGGCGUCAUCCUGGACUAUGAGCUACAGUAUUAUGAAAAGGAUCAAUCAGAAUAUAACGCUACCGCCAUCAGGAGCCAGACCAACACAGUGGUCAUACGUGGCCUCAAACCAGGAAGCAUCUACGUGUUCCAGGUCCGGGCCCGAACCGUAGCUGGCUUUGGACGUUACAGUGGCAAACUGUACUUCCAGACCAUGACUGAGGAGGAGUACAACACCAGUAUUCAGGAGAAGCUACCACUCAUCAUCGGCUCGGCAGCUGCUGGCUUGGUCUUCCUCAUUGCGGUUGUCGUCAUCAUCAUCGUCUGUAACCGGAGGCGUGGCUUUGACAGGACUGAUUCAGAAUACACAGACAAACUGCAGCAUUACACCAGCGGCCACAUGACUCCAGGAAUGAAGAUUUAUAUCGAUCCGUUCACAUAUGAGGACCCCAACGAGGCUGUGAGGGAGUUUGCCAAGGAGAUUGAUAUAUCCUGUGUGAAGAUUGAGCAGGUCAUUGGUGCAGGCGAGUUUGGAGAGGUGUGCAGCGGUAACCUGAGGCUCCCAGGCAAAAGGGAGAUGUUUGUGGCCAUAAAAACUCUGAAGUCUGGCUACACUGAAAAGCAAAGGCGAGACUUCCUCAGCGAGGCCAGCAUCAUGGGCCAGUUCGACCAUCCGAACGUCAUUCACUUGGAAGGCGUGGUCACCAAGAGCAGUCCUGUCAUGAUCAUCACCGAGUUCAUGGAGAAUGGGUCUCUGGACUCCUUCCUCAGACAAAACGAUGGCCAGUUUACUGUGAUCCAGCUGGUUGGUAUGCUACGCGGCAUCGCCUCAGGCAUGAAAUACCUGGCCGACAUGAACUACGUGCAUCGCGACCUCGCUGCCCGGAACAUCCUGGUCAACAGCAACCUUGUGUGCAAAGUGUCGGACUUCGGCCUCUCGCGCUUCUUGGAGGAUGAUACAUCUGACCCUACCUACACUAGUGCUUUGGGAGGGAAGAUUCCUAUCCGAUGGACUGCACCCGAAGCUAUCCAGUACAGGAAGUUCACCUCUGCCAGUGAUGUGUGGAGCUACGGGAUCGUCAUGUGGGAGGUCAUGUCCUACGGAGAGAGGCCUUACUGGGACAUGACCAAUCAAGAUGUCAUCAAUGCCAUAGAGCAGGACUACCGGCUGCCCCCACCCAUGGACUGUCCCAGCGCGCUGCACCAGCUCAUGCUAGACUGCUGGCAGAAGGACCGCAACAACCGGCCCAAGUUCAGUCUGAUCGUCAACAACCUCGACAAGAUGAUCCGCAAUCCCAACGCGCUGAAGGCCAUGACCCCGUUAUCUUCAGGUGUUCAUCUCCCUCUCCUGGACCGCAGCAUCCCAGACUUCUCCAGCUUCAGCACUGUGGACGAGUGGCUGGAUGCCAUCAAGAUGGGCCAGUACAAAGACAAUUUUGCCAGCGCUGACUUUUCUACAUUUGAUGUUGUGUCCCAGAUGACAAUGGAGGACAUCCUGAGGGUUGGUGUGACGUUAGCAGGCCAUCAAAAGAAGAUCCUCAACAGCGUCCAGAUGAUGCGGGCACAGAUGAACCAGAUCCAGUCGGUGGAGGUUUGACCCCCCCCCCGAGUGGAACAGAGAGGGGGUAAAAAGGCGGCUGGGAUGCGGCUCUGGGUGCGGAGGAUGGAGUGGAUCUUUUUUUCGCGUUACAGUGUGUCUGGUCUUCCCACCAGGCUACCAUUCAUCCCCCGUUCCCCUCUCCAGUUCCCUCUUAUCUCCUAACCCUGACUCUCCAUCCAUCUUCGGGAUCCGCUGUGGAGAGGUGUGCAAAACAAAGAUCCAUGUGCAGAGGGCCCACAGCCAACCCAUCUUUGGAGCCAGAAACAUGGUGACCAGCAACACGUUUUUUCAAUCUUCCUCCAAUUUUCAUUUGAUGUUGGACUUCUUCUGUUGUUUUUCUUUGGUUUGUUUCUUCUGAUAAUUUUGUAAAGAUUUUUUUAAAGAAAAAAAAAAGAAAACCUGAGAAAAGGCAAGGAGUUUAUCUAAAUUUAUAGAUGAUAUAAGCGUGUACACUAGACAAACUGAGUAGGAAAGCUACCCUUUAAAAGGGCAAAAAAACAAAAAAACAAAAAAGAAGAAUUAUGGAGACGAGGCCAUCCUCGACAAGGUGUGUCCUGGCAUCUUCUUAAUUCUGGACAUCGCGAGGAGUCACAGAGUUCUCUGUGGCCUUCUGAAAGGCAAACCACAGAGGAGACUGAGGGACGCGCACUCCCAACGGUUUCCCCUGGAGAGAAAUAAAUUCAAAAGAAAACCAUGAAAUGGACGACAUAUGACAACACGUGACUGAUGUCAACACACAUCCAUUCAGACUGACAGUUCACACAGUGAAAUCAACACUAAAGAAAAAGAAGGAAAAAAAAUACAUAGUUUUUUUCUCACUGCAAGUCAUUUUCUAUAUUGUGUUACAUUUUGUGAUGAAAAAAUCCAUCUCACCAUGCAGUUUUUUUUAACUUUCACAGUGAAAUAUUCACAGCCUGCCAAAUAGAACCCUUCCCGUUUUGCCCCCCAGUCAUGAUCCUGUACUGUACAUCUCAGAUGCACUUGACCUGCGGUAACGCCAGGACUCAGAAACAGACAGAACUGACCGCAGGGGACCUUUAAGUUGUUGUCACGUCACUUUCUUUCCUUAUUUUGUGAAAAAAAAGAGCUUGUGAGUAAAAAAAAACAACAACAACAAACCAACGUCCUACAUAGAUUCAAAGAGUUUACAUCGCGGUCCACACACACAUACAGUGUGUGCUGUAAUAGCAUCCUCCUUCCUCUCCAGCGUUGUCCGUGCACUCGUCGCACACACACACGUACCACGUGCACAAAGAAGCAGUAGCUCCCGAAGCGUCGGGACUCGUGUUUGAUAGCAUGCUGAGUGAGUGGUUCAUUUAACAGUGCUUUGAUUUGCUGCAAUUACUAGAACUCUGUUUAGUAAAAGCUUGGAUUUGACACACUUUACAGAGUAUAAUGUGACUGCAUUAUAUUCAGUGUUUCUUCUUCUUCUUCUUCUUCUUCUUCUUCUUCUUCCAGUUUUCCUUUUGAAAAGACUUAUGUUUAAAGUAUUAAAGUUUUGAUACCAGACAUGGUUGUUUUACACACACACACAGUCAUGAAUAGACUUUGCAAUCAGGCGUUGAUGAAUUAAAAUCAAAAAUGCAUCGUGCUAUAUUUUGCAAUUUCUCUAUGGAUAUUAUUGAAUUGUCAUUUAUUUUUACUUUUAGUUUUUGUUUUGUUUUCUGCACUGAGUCUAUUGUUUGACUCCAACAAAGUCUGGAUCUUCCAUCAAUGCUUAGAAGUGUAUUUUGGAUCAUGUUGGUGCACAAAACCAUGUAGAUAAACCGCACUUCCCUGUGAUUGGUUUUGAUUUUAUAGACAGUAUUAUGCAUUUAUUAUAUGGCCUCCUGUCUCGUGCGUACAGAGCUGUCAAUCAUUGGUUGCGUUGCCACUGGUAACCUGGUGUAAACGGUUAUGCGUGGGAAAAGAUGGAGUUCGUAGCAAUGCAAUGAUUCCCUGGAGUCGGGGAAGCAGGCAGGUGUUUUGUAUACAGCCAGUAAAUGAUAUCGGCGGUGCAGUGUUCCUACCGGGCGCCGCUCCGAGACCUGACAGCCAGACACGGACGUCCAACUGUGAACCAUCGGUCAGAUGUGUCUAGUCACAGCGGGGCGGCCGCACCCCGAUCACAGCCGCUCUGUCCAGGCACUGAUUCUCCCUCUCUCCCCCUUGAUCGCACACAUGCCUGUCGGCCACCUGUCUGCCGCUCCCACUGAUCUCCACGCAGUCGGCCUCCAGCAGUUGUCUGGUUUUGUCUCCGCGACUUUACAAGCGUCAACAGCAGCAGCAGCAGACCGACGCUCAUCAGCGGGGCAGUCGUGUCUUGUCUUAACUGGAUGCUGCGUGCCAAUGAGUAUGUAGGACAAAAAAGAUUGGACAAUGCAUCCAUGUUGGCUUGAACCACAUUCUCAGGCUUGACCUGGGUUUUUGUGCUGUCCCUACAGACCUCUGUAGCACCAAAGCCCUGGGUGAAAAAAAAGUGACACACCUCAGUUACUGCAAACCCCUGUUGUCUUACCUUUCAUUACACUGGCUCUCGUUAUCCCUGGAGAAGUUAAGGACAUGGGCGGAGGGAUUUUUAUUCUCUUUCUGCUCCAUAAUCCUCAUCUGCAGUGCAACACAUCAGAACAAAUAUUUCCCUGGGAGCUUUUAUAUCACAUGAAACUGGGAGGACAAUCAUGAGCUGUUAGUCAUAGCUGAGAGAUGAUGAGAAGUGCCACUAAUGCCAACAUGCAGACUGCUUUUUUUUAGUUUUUAGUUUUUGUUUUAGACUGUCAACCCUUUCCAUUCUUUAAUACUUAACAGCUCAUCAGUUUUAUUUUGUGAGGCCUUCUCAUGGUACGGCAAAUAUUCCACCGUCAGGAAAAACGCUUAAUGGGUGAGAAAUCAAGCAAGAAAUGAAUCUAAAGUAUACACAAGGCUGGUGAGUUUCCUGCUCCGGUCCCAUUAAAGCUCGUUCAGAUGCUUGUCCAUGGACGCUGCCCAGACUUUCAGUUAUUAAUCAAGCAAUUAUCCUUGAACUUUGCUUCAAGGGAUUACCCUAACCAUGGUGGCCAGGCAUGCUUAUUGCUGGUCAUAAAAUAGUGCUGAAGUUGACUUUAUGUUGCAUACUGUCAAUAUUUUCUUCUGGCUAAGAGGAUACUCUUUGUUGAACUCCUUCUGAAGGGUUAGAUUGUUGAUUUACAUUUUAUCUGAAGGAGUUUUAAGAAAACCUUUUUGAUUGAAUGAGUGUUUGAAAAUGCUAUAUUAAGUAUUUAUGUAUCUUAUUUUGAUGGCACAAAAGAGACGUAGCGGGAGAAUUAAUUGACGCACUUAUGUCAAGUGUUUCAAGUGUUUUUGCCUGGCUUUUCAACAGCAGGCCAGCGGCUGCCUUUACACCAAGGCCCACGCUGUGAAAAAGCCCAAAUACCAAGUUACUAGUUCAUCUGGUACAGUUUUUAUGGAGGUGUGGGGAUUAUUCUUUUAUCAGCUCCCUGAAAUCAGACUAAAUAUUCAAGUAAAAGUAUUGUCCAUUAAUGUAAAUGGUACAGAACUGAACAUUGAAUAACCGGGUAAUUUGUAUAUACAGGAAGGUAUAUGCCCUUCAUGUCACAUUCACUUGCAUUUGUCUUCGUAUUUAUUAAGUUUUACAGCACCAAAAUUUGGCCACCUACACAUGCACACUCCAGCUUCUCUAGUUUAAAAACCUUUUUACUGUUUUCCUCUGUAAAUUGAAGCAGACGCAGCGUGGUCCUGGCUCCCGUGAUGGGUUCACACUUAAAACAUACUCUCAUCCUACAUCUGUGAAGCAAAGUAAAAACCACUCAGUCCUGCCCUCACCGUGUGCCAUUUUUUUUUUUUCAAGGACGGAGGAAAACCGUUAAGUCUCGGUGUUACUGUUACAUGAUCGUGUGCAUAAACACGAGCUGUGCCAGGCAGUACCCACUGGGCUGCGUUUGAACGCCGCCCAACUCCAGCAUGGUCGGAGCGAGAGAUCUGCCUCAUGGAUGUAUUAACUGCCUCCUGUUGUGGCGGACAGAAAAUAGCUCCUAUUUGAUGGAGGCAGCACGAAGCACCAGAGCGCCCUCUACUGCUGUGGUGGUCAAAUGUAGCUUGGAUUGAUAUUUUCAGGUGCAGAUAUACAGUCUGUGAACGCUGCAGCAGGCAGAGCUCCAGUGUUCAGGACACUUCAGCGUGCUGCUGAUGGACAACAAGUCUGUGUCUUUCCCACUGUUGGACAAACGUUCAUACCAAUACCAUACCACCUGUCUCCCCCUACAUGACCCUGUGUUCCAUCUCUGCCCCCCCCUUGCCCCCUCCCACUACCACUCUGGCUGUUGGCCUGUACAGACAGGGCGUCUCCACAUGUUCCCCUGUCCUCUAAAGCUCACAUUGUAGACCAGUGCCGGUUCAGACCACUGUGACUGAUGUGGGAGAUCCUGUAUUUCUGUAUAAAUGUAUAUUGACUGUAACCCUGUGAAUGAUGUAACAAUUUCAUUAUUUGUAAUAUUGUCAUUGGUUUAUUUUCUAAAAAUGGAAAGCCCAGCUUGACUCUCCUCAAUAAAAAAUAAGAUCUGUUAUAAAA